AUGGAAACAAUAAAUAAAACGGCCAGGAUCCAAUUCUUCUUCCGUCCAUUCUCACCUGACCCUGGGGUGCAAAUAGUGAUUUUUGUGGCCUUCUUAGUGAUGUACCUGACCAGCCUCAGUGGAAAUGCCACAAUCGCUGUGAUUGUCCAUUUAAACCACUCACUCCACACCCCCAUGUACUUUUUCCUAGCUAACUUGGCAGUUCUGGAAAUCUUCUAUACAUCAUCCAUUGCACCAUUGGCCUUGGUAAAUCUUCUCUCUAUGGGUAAAACACCUAUCUCCAUCACUGGUUGUGGCACCCAGAUGUUCUUCUUUGUCUUCUUGGGUGGAGCUGACUGUGUCCUACUUGCCGUCAUGGCUUACGACCGGUUUGUUGCAAUCUGCUAUCCUCUGAGAUACACACUCAUCAUGAGCUGGCCCUUGUGUAUGGAGAUGAUGGUGGGAUCCCUGGUGCUGGGAUUCCUGCUGUCAUUGCCACUAACUAUUUUAAUCUUCCAUCUCCCAUUCUGCCAUAACAAUGAGAUCUACCACUUCUACUGUGACAUGCCUGCAGUCAUGCGCCUGGCGUGUGCAGACACACAUGUUCACAGGACUGCCCUAUAUAUCAUCAGCUUCAUCGUCCUAAGCAUCCCCCUAUCUCUGAUCUCUGUCUCCUAUGUCUUCAUCAUCACAGCCAUUUUACGGAUCCGGUCUGCUGAAGGGCGCCACCGUGCCUUCUCUACCUGCUCUUCUCACAUCAUAGUGGUCCUUCUUCAGUAUGGCUGUACCAGUUUUAUAUAUUUGUCCCCCAGGUCCAGCUACUCUCCUGAGAUGGGCCGAAUGGUGUCUGUGGUCUACACUUUUAUCACACCCAUUUUAAACCCUUUGAUCUACAGUAUGAGGAACAAGGAACUGAAAGAUGCUCUGAGGAAGGCACUGAGAAAGUUCUAG